AUGGACAUUUUCCGAAUCUUGUCGCGGGGAGCGGCGCUUAAAACAAGCAAAAAGGCCACCUCUGACUUUGGUGGCCAGAAAGAACAAAAGAAAGAUAUCAAGGCCGAGGUGGAUCGGGAAACCAACUUCUUUCGCCAUAGAAGCGAUGCGCGAGCAGAGGAUAAAGACAGAGACAGUGAGAAAGAACAAAAGAGCGGGAUCGAUGGUAAAAAGGACGCCUCAGCUAAGAGCGAAAACAAUAACGACAGUGACAGCGAAGAGGAGAACGAGGGCGAAAGCGAAGGCAGUGUCACCAUUUCUACACCUGCGGAAGCGGCUGCGUUCCGUCGUCGGAGCCAUUCGAAAGUCUCUGGACACGAUGUUCCGCUUCCCAUUGGUCUGUUUCACGACUUGCAGCUGCGGUUUUCCAUGAAUAAACAUCUCUUGCGAAACCUUCUUGAGGCGGACUUUAUCGAACCUACAGUGGUGCAAUGUGAGGCUAUCCCUAUAGCUUUGCAUCGCCGCGACUUAAUUGCAUGUGCCCCUACGGGUCUGGGAAAAACAGUGGCGUUUUUGCUUCCAAUGGUCCAACUUCUAGUAGAGGCAAAUCUCAGCAAGAACCCUGGCGUGCGUGGGCUUGUUCUUGCUCCCACAAACGAGUUGGCGCUGCAGAUCCAUGUCCAGUUGCAACAGCUCACUCGGGGAUUCAAGAGUGUUACGCUGGCUCUCUUGUCUCGCCAAUUGGCCACUCGUUUGUCCGAUAAAAUUGUGUCUGGAGAAAAAUAUUCCGUUAUUGUUUCUACGCCGCUCCGGCUUCUUGACAUGGUUCAAGGCGGCCACUUAGAUCUUUCGACGGUGGAGCAGCUUGUGAUCGAUGAGGCUGACCGUAUGUUCGACCGAGGCUUUGUUGAGCAGACAGAUGCGCUUUUGGCUGCGCUCUCCAACGCUAAGUUGCGCACAUCCAUCUUCUCUGCUACAAUCCCAGCCAAGGUGGAAGAGUUAGCCAACUCCAUCAUGCGUGACCCUGUGAGGGUUAUUGUGGGCCACAAGGAAGCUGCAUCGUCUCUGAUUGACCAAAAGUUAGUGUUUACUGGAUCGGAGGACGGUAAGCUUCUUGCAGUGCGUCAGAUGAUCCAACAGGGUGAGUUUAAGCCACCGGUGAUCAUUUUCUUGCAGUCGAUUACCCGUGCUAAGGCCUUAUUCCAUGAGUUGGUCUAUGACCGGUUGAAUGUGGAUGUUAUCCAUGCGGAAAGAACGCCCGCACAAAGGGAUGAAGUGAUUCGCCGGUUCAAAAACGGUGACAUUUGGGUUUUGAUCACCACAGACGUACUCGCAAGAGGUGUGGAUUUUAAAGGUGUUAAUCUAGUCAUUAAUUAUGACGUGCCCCAAACUGCCCAAGCAUAUGUGCAUCGUAUUGGACGUACGGGUCGUGGUGGAAAACCGGGAAAAGCAGUGACGUUUUUCACGAAAGAGGAUACUUUGGCUGUGAGGCCUGUGGUCAAUGUCAUGAAACAAUCUGGAUGUGAAGCGGGCUACGGUUCUUGGAUGGAACACUUGAGUCGUUUGUCAGCUUCCGACAGACGCCAUCUUCGGAGAAGUGAGCCAGAGCGGGCGCAGAUCAGUACCGUUCCCAAGGUUGUGAAACAGAAGAGAAAGAGAAAGCAAGAAAUGAUUGAGGCGUCGAAACGGAGAAACGGGCAGCAGUGA